CCGAGGGACCCCGCAGCCCUGCCCCGCGGCAGCGGCGAGAACCAACCCCCGCGCCUCACAGAGACCGAGGGACCCCGCAGCCCUGCCCCGCAGCAGGGGCAAGAACCAACCCCCGCGCCUCACCCCCCCGGCCUUCAACACGCAGCGCUGCCCCCACGCCCGCCCCGCCCCGCGCCGCUCCCGCAGGCCGCGGCCAUGGCGGCCCCCGCCUGAGCCUGCCCGGCUGCCGACCAAAACAGAAGGAAAUUCCCAAUCCAGCGCACAGCUGGCAGGUCAGGAGACCCAAGUUCAGAGCCGGUGCUGUGAGCUUUGUUACUUUUUGAUGUUCUUUCUGUUCAGAAGAAACCAAAACCCAAAAAGCUCCUGGAAGUGCUCCAUGUACCUGAUUCUGCAAUUAAGUGUGAAAAUGGAACCUCCCAAAUAGUCUUGCCUUUCUGGUACUGAAGUUCAGGCUCGAAGAAAGAUUAAUAAGAGAAACAUUUAACACUAGUCACACUAGGCAAGUUUCUGCCUGUGCUUACUUCUAGUAUUCAUUAUAAACAUGCAUUAGUGCCUUCCUAAGCAGCAAUCCCAGCUGAAUAGUGGAGUCUGGAUAAGAGCUGUCAGGAGAGCUUUUUAGAUGGAUUGAAGCUACAAAGGGAUAGCAAUCUUGAACCACUGUUUCAGAAGAGUGACACCAAGUAGCCUGUUAUUUUGAGUGCCUUACAAAGGACAGAUAACACUCCCUGCUUCCUCAGCUGCCUGAUCAAGUCACAGACAUUGACCUUCAAUCUGCAUACAGGAGGAAAAAAUGCCAGCUUCUCUAAGAAAACUGCAGCAAAUGGCUGUUUUCAUGGGGCUGUUCAGCGGUGGGGGAUGCAUCUUGAUGUAUAAUCUUAUGCAAAAGAGUUUUGCCAGGACCCAGUACUAUCAGCAGGCAUUGGAGCAGUUGAACAGCAAUCCCACAGCCCUGGAAGCCCUUGGUGCCCCCCCACUUCAGGUCCAUAACAUCCGACUGAUGGAUGGGAGCAACCGUGUGGACACAGAAAGAGCACAGAUAAAGUUACCAGUGUCUGGAACAAAAUCAGCAGGGUACCUCUACAUUAACUCGGAGAUGGACCAUUCCCGCCAAUGCUGGUGCCUUCAGGAUGUCACCUUGAAACUGCGGGAUGGUCAGAAUAUUCCAGUUUACCCCUCCCCUGUGGAAAGCACCAGUGUGCAAGAAGGCUAACAACCAAAGGCAGCUGUUUUCCCACCUCCUGUUGAACCAAAGGAGCCAUUAAUUGAUUGCAUCCUGCUGUGUCCAUGAACAUCCACAAUUGUCACAAGUAACAAUUUCAUUUAAGUGUAUGUUCAUUUUCUCUCUAAGAUUUAUCUCAUUAUUUCUUUCUUUAGUUGAUUUAUUCACGUGUUCAGCAGAAGCCUAAAAUAAAUAUCUUGCAGAAGA